AUGGCCACCUCCACUCUACGCAAAACCCUGGAAGAAUCGGCCACGGCUUUCUUUCACAGCUAUGAAGAUGCAUCCCGUGCGAACGACGCAAGCAUCGUGUCUCGUGGCAUGACAGAAAAUUGCACCCGCAAAUUCCAACCGCCUACCUUCUGUCAGGCCAUGGGAUACCCCGAGGAUGUUGAAAUCCCAAGCUCCGUAUAUCAGGGCCGUAUUGCGCAGGGGAUGCAACACUGGACGGCUACUAAGACCGAGAUCCUCCAUCUGACCGUUGACGUGGAUGCUCGACAAGUGGCCGCCCAAACAGCGGUUUCGGGAAAAUGGAGUGACGGGGAAGAUGUGAAACUUCAUUUCGCCUGGUUCUUGUAUUUCAGUGAUGAUGGGACGCAGAUUUCUCGAGUCAUUGAGUAUAUGGAUUCGCCUCCCACCAAGGCAUAUUACGGAAAGAUACAAGCCUUGUCAGCUGCUGCUCAAGCUUGA